GUUUUUCAAAUCCACCAAUGGGCACACAGCUUAGGCACAAACCAGCCAAUCAGAAUGCGGAGUCACCGGGAAAUUUAAAUCGCGCCGGCCGGCUGCAUGAGCCACACGGUCUUCAGGCUCAGCUCUUGUGGACGUUUCUAGGGCAGCCGACUCACAGGCUCUUGAGUUCACGCACCGCCUCCUGUGGAAGCUUGAGCUCGCUGUGCAGCUUUCUCCUUUUGUCUCAUAACCAUGUCCACCAACGAGAAUGCUAAUUCACCAGCUGCCCGACUUAACAGAUUCAAGAACAAGGGAAAAGACAGUACAGAAAUGAGGCGGCGCCGAAUAGAAGUUAAUGUGGAGUUGAGAAAAGCUAAGAAGGAUGACCAGAUGCUGAAAAGGAGAAAUGUAAGCUCGUUUCCUGAUGAUGCUACUUCUCCACUGCAGGAAAACCGCAACAACCAGGUCACUGUAAAUUGGUCUGUUGAUGACAUUGUCAAAGGCAUAAAUAGCACCAAUGUGGAAAGCCAGCUCCAAGCUACUCAAGCUGCCAGGAAACUACUUUCUAGAGAAAAACAGCCCCCCAUAGACAACAUAAUCCGGGCUGGUUUGAUUCCAAAAUUUGUGUCCUUCUUGGGCAGAACUGACUGUAGUCCCAUUCAGUUUGAAUCUGCUUGGGCGCUCACUAACAUUGCUUCUGGGACAUCAGAACAGACCAAGGCUGUGGUAGAUGGAGGUGCUAUCCCAGCAUUCAUUUCUCUGUUGGCAUCUCCCCAUCCUCACAUCAGUGAACAAGCUGUAUGGGCUCUAGGAAACAUUGCAGGUGACGGUUCAGUUUUCCGAGACUUGGUUAUCAAGUAUGGUGCAGUUGACCCACUGUUGGCUCUUCUGGCUGUUCCUGAUAUGUCAUCUUUAGCAUGUGGUUACUUACGUAAUCUUACCUGGACGCUUUCGAACCUUUGUCGCAACAAGAAUCCUGCACCACCGUUAGAUGCUGUUGAACAGAUUCUUCCUACAUUAGUUCGUCUCCUGCAUCAUGAUGAUCCAGAGGUAUUAGCAGAUACCUGCUGGGCUAUUUCCUACCUUACUGAUGGUCCAAAUGAAAGGAUUGAAAUGGUUGUGAAAACAGGAGUUGUUCCCCAACUUGUGAAGCUUCUAGGAGCUACCGAAUUGCCAAUUGUGACUCCUGCACUAAGAGCCAUAGGAAAUAUUGUCACUGGGACAGAUGAACAGACUCAGGUUGUGAUUGAUGCAGGAGCACUUGCCGUCUUUCCCAGCCUACUGACCAACCCCAAAACCAAUAUUCAGAAGGAAGCUACAUGGACGAUGUCAAAUAUCACAGCUGGCCGUCAGGACCAGAUACAGCAAGUUGUGAAUCAUGGAUUAGUCCCAUUCCUCGUUGGUGUUCUCUCUAAGGCAGACUUUAAGACACAAAAGGAAGCUGUAUGGGCUGUGACCAACUAUACAAGUGGUGGAACAGUUGAACAGAUUGUAUACCUUGUUCAUUGUGGCAUAAUAGAACCAUUGAUGAACCUCUUAACUGCGAAAGAUACCAAAAUUAUUCUGGUUAUUCUGGAUGCCAUUACAAAUAUCUUUCAGCUAUUCAGACCCUCCCUCUCCCAGGCAGGCAUUCAUUAUUUGGCAAAGUUUCAGCAGCCCUCCUUCCCCUUUUGUCAAAUAUUAGAAUGUGGUACGGGGUUACAGGUAAAAUAUGCCGACAAAGACCUUAAGAGUAAAUACAGACUUCCAGGCAGCCUACUGCUUAGAAAUGUGCCACAUUUGUGGGAUUAUAUUAUUGUUUUUUGUUUGUUUCAUUUCCAGGAAGAGGAAGAUCAAAAUGUAGUGCCAGAAACUACCUCUGAAGGCUAUACCUUCCAACUUCAGGAUGGGAAUCCCAGGACCUUUAACUUUUAGGUUGUACAGUCAAGGCAUAAAGUUGUCGUGUACUGUUUGGUAUAAGUUGGUCUUACUGUUUCUCUACUAAGAACUCUUUUUAAAUGUGGUUUGUUAUUGUAGCACUUUUUACGAUGAAUCUAUACUUGAACAGUUCCAAACUGUACAUACUGUAUGAAGCCUGUCCUCUGAAGGGGGUUCUUAUUUCUAUGUGAAAUUUCAUAUCUUGCAGUGUCCUGUAAAUAAAGAUUAAAGUCCACCCUUUUCUUUACUUCACCAU